UGUAAUUCUCAGUAUCAGCUGUGCAAUAAAGGAGGAAACAUGAGAAAGCUGCAGCUUAUGCGAUUGUUAAACAUCGCUCUAAUAAUUCAGGUUUGCUCAGCUGGCGUUACCACACGUUUCAAACGUGACACCUAUGUGGAACAAAACAUGAAGGAACUCAUACAAUUUGCCAAAACUGUGGUCAAUGACAGUGGACCCAUGAUUAAUGCAGUGCUCGAGGCCAUGCCCUCAACGGCAGCUUAUGAGAAACACCGAGAAGAUCUGGAAGCCUAUUUGCGGCAAUUGAACAACUACAAGUCUCAUUCGGGUAUAUGUGCUCAAAAGAGUGUUGAGUUGAUGGUGGCAUUUCUGGAGGUGACUGCGCCCUAUGGGGAGCAGAAUGACAGCUCGGCCGAAAUGAAGCAAGUGGUGAAACUUUUAAGCGAAAAUGGUUUGGAGAAUUUACAAAAUCAGGCUGCCGAUUGGAUGGAGAAUUUCGAUAAGGCCAAGUUUGGAGAGGAAUACGCCAAGUUGUCCAGCCAAGAUAAGACGGAUAUAAUACCCAUAUUCACAGAAAUUUGCUGAGAAAACGAUUAAUCACAUAUCAAAACUAUUUUAUACAAACAAAAUGAAAUAAGAAGAAUGGCAAACUGUGUUGUGUUGGCAGGCAUUUGCUGUUUUAUAAUUUAGUACUAUACAGUGUAAAUCACUACAGAUGAUAUUGAUAAGUAUUCAGGAAAAUAUUGCUCUGUAAUUCUAUCCUGUACAUGCAAUGGAUAAAACUAAAAUAAAACUCGGCAAUUUUAAACUAUUA